ACCAAAACAAAUAUUUUCUCUCCCACUGCCGCCCCCUUUUACACUAGCUAGUUCUGUAAUCACCCGACGACAUGCCUGACCUACGACGGCGUCUACCCUGAGGAAGCCAGCCACAGGUAAACCCCAUCUAUACGCAGACUAUCCGAAAGAGAGCCGUCGUCGUCGUCGGUGUAAACACACGUUUACUACCUCCUAGGUACUGUACUAUACGUGCAUCCAUUAGACCAUGAGAAUCGGUAUAUCGGCAUCGCUCUCAUCCGUCGUCGGCUCUUUAGCAGUUCCAGUAUUUGUGAAACAUUGGCCGAAUGUAGACCUACCUAUUCGUGACCAAAAUCUAACCGUGUCCUAAUUCCUGGAAUCGAAAACCAUUACUGUGCGCGUUUUGGUAGGGAAAUUGUUUCCGUUUUCCUGGACCAAAGCCCUAGAGUUCUAUAGGUUUUUAGGAAGUGCAACUGCUUAGUAAUCAUUAUGAGUAAAAAUCGACCAUUCAGGGCACAGCUGCCCCGAAAACCAGCAGCUGGGGACGAAAUUGUGAUACGAGGCAAGCUGAAACACAACGCUAGGUGGUUCUCGGUUAACUUUUGCCUGCCCCGACCUCCUCACGUGCCAGACGAUCAGACUCCGCCCUUUAUCGCGUAUCACUUCAAAACAAUCUUCCACGACGAUGGGAGCAGUGCGGUAAUACACAAUUACAAGAACGAAGUUUGGCAGGCGGAAAGCGUCGAACAGAACUACUGGAUGAUGGACCGAAACGAAAAGUUCACGCUAAUAUUCCGAUUCCACGACGAGGUCUUCAAGGUUUUCGCAGAGGAUACGCAACACACACCGGACUACGAGUUUACCCACCAGAUACCAUUCGAUAUGGUGGAGCAGAUCGAAUUGUGGGACGAUAUCGAGUUUGUCGAAGAAAUUGCCUUCCGCUACCAGCAUGACGAUAUAGAUCACUGAGUAGCUCUACUGAUUGGAUCAACUUAUGCUAUCAUACCAAAAAAAACGUAGAACAAGAAUCUUAUUCCUCGCAGCCGCGUUUCGGGAAGAACGACGGAAAAAGAUGAUGUUUGGUUUUUGGUCACGAAACGAAAUCGGUCUGAAUAGACGCAAAAAUUAAACAGUGGGCGAACAUCACGUUUUCUAGUCAUCCGCUUAGUUACCAAAUGUAACCCAUACAUAAAACAAACGAGACAUGUCCCGGAGAAAUUGAUUUCCAAGAAUCGAUGAAACUAGUUCAGCUGAAUCGAUGCAAACAAUCAAUUUUAUCUGUUCUAUGAAACAUCACCAAUAUUUGAUGCAAUAGAAACACUUAAGACGCUAGCCGAUAAAAUGCUUCAAAUUGAUGCAACCAACGGGAAAUGACACGCCUUAAAAGCAAACUAACCUUAAAACAAACAAAUGUGCACCUUUAAGUGAAUGCGCUUUUUAUUCGUAAUCGGUAAAAUAUGUACCUACAUACCUGUCUGUAGCACUAAAUAGGAAGAUAAGGAUUGCCUACCAUAUACGAUAAGUGCCUCUAUCUACGAUAGAUUUGUUGUUUUUGUCUAUAGAUAACCGAUAAAUAAAUAAAUCAAAGGGAAUAUACAACACAAA